AUGUAUUUCUUGACGUCCAUCUCCAUAUUCCUUGCAAUAAUCGUGGCGGAAGCAUCUCCUCUUGUCCACGGCAAUCGAGUCCUAACUGAAGUUUUUGUGAAGAUCACCAAAGCACUCGAUGGGAUACAAGUUGGAAACUGCGUUGACGCCAACCCCACGCUACCACUGUGUGAUAUGAAUCCAGCUUUGCCUGCGCCGUCUCACGGAUUGAAGCUGAAACUUGUGGCGCUUGGUCGGGGUACUCAGAACUACACCUGUUCGUCAUCUGAUGAAUCUGCUUCUCCAGUUGCAGUUGGCGCUGUUGCGACACUGUUCGACGCAUCCUGCCUUGUCUCACAUAGUCCCACAAUACUCCAUGAGCUACCAUCUGCAAUGAGCAAGGUAUCAACUGAUGCACUGGGGCUUUUUGCCAUGCUCCUCGGUCAAAUGACUUCACGGACAAGUAGUGGGUUGAUCCUUGGAGAACAUUACUUUACGGGCACAGGAGCGCCUAUGUUCGACCUACGUAUUGGAGGUCACAAGGACUGGAUUCGGGCUAAGGAGGGUUCAAGCGUACCAGCGCCCUCUCAGUCAUCGAGCCACUCGAAGGACGGAGACCAAAAUGUUCCGUGGUUGCAGCUUGGCUUCGCUGAUGGUUUGGGUAUCCGGCAAUCUCCUCCACUUUGCGCCUCCGCUCACAAGCAAGAACCACUACAAAUGGACCCAGCAAAAGAAAAACACUACGUCUCAGCAGACAACGCCAGGACAUUCGUCCACUCCGUAUUAACAGGCAACGGCGUCUCCCCUGAAAAUGCCACCAUCAUCGCCGACUGCCUGGUCCGGGCCGACCUACGCGGGGUGGACACCCACGGCAUCAACCGCAUCCCAUCCUACAUGGAACGCAUCCGCCAAGGCGUGCUAGACGCCAAAGCCAACCCCGUGCUGAAUCAAAUCACGCCCGUCGUGGCCCAGGUCGACGGACAGAACGGGUUCGGGUUCGUCGCCGCGCAUCUCGGCAUGAAGCGGGCGAUUGAGAUGGCGCGCGAGUUCGGGAUCGGGUUUGUCUCUGUCAAGCAUUCGAACCAUUUCGGGAUGUCCGCGUGGGUGGUGCAGCAGGCGCUCGACGCGGGAAUGAUGAGUCUGGUUUUCACGAACUCGUCGCCCGCAUUGCCUGUUUGGGGUGGGAGGGAGAAGUUGAUGGGGGUGUCUCCGUUGGCCUGCGGUGCGCCGGCGGGCAAGACGAAGCCGUUUAUCCUGGAUAUGGCGCCUUCCAUUGCGGCACGAGGCAAGAUCUACAAGGCGGCGAGGCGGGGCGAGAAGAUACCCGGCGAUUGGGCUCUGGAUGGCGAGGGACGGCCUACGGAUGACCCGAACAAGGCGCUUGAAGGUGUGAUGUUGCCUAUGGGGGGCCCGAAGGGGUCGGCGCUCGCAGUUAUGAUGGAUGUGUUCUCUGGGGUGCUGUCCGGUUCUGCAUUUGCGGGACAUGUCACUAAUCCUUAUGAUCCUUCAAAACCGGCUGAUGUAGGGCAUUUUCUCGUCGCUAUCAAGCCGGAUCUCUUCAUGGGCUUGGAGGAUUUCAAGGAGCGCAUGGAUUAUCUUUAUCAGAGGGUGGUGGGCUCCGAGAAAAUGGCUGGAGUAGAUCGCAUCUACUUCCCUGGGGAGAUUGAACAGAUCACGCACGAGGAGAGAUUGAAGACGGGUAUUCCGUAUGUUCAAGCAGAAAUCGAUGCACUGAACAGGGAGGCAGAGAGAGUUGGUGCAAAAGAGAUUGUUCUUGAUCUGAAAUGA